UGCCCAGCGUAGAUGGGGGUUUCUUUUCCCGCCAAACCCUAAAACCCUAACUUUCUUUUGUUCGUUGGUUACAUAUCCGCAUAUCCCUCCUCUGUUUCCUCUUCGACUUGACGACGCCACAACCGUAACAGUUGCAGGGGACGACUAACGAAGGUCGAGGGAAAACGCGAGAACCAUAAGCCGCGACCAUGGAGCCCCAGAACCUAAAAUCCAACCUAGUUCUGAUCCUGGACUUCGGUUCCCAGUACACCCACCUCAUCACUCGUCUAAUCCGAAAGCUCUCUGUUUUCUCUCUUUGCAUUUCCGGCACUUCUUCUCUCAAAUCCAUCAGUGAUCUCAAUCCUCGUGUCAUAAUCCUCUCCGGCGGUCCUCACUCUGUCCACUCCGAUGGUGCACCUAGCUUUCCGCAGGGAUUCAUCGAGUACGUCGAGUCGAACGGCAUUUUCGUGCUGGGCAUUUGCUACGGCCUGCAAUUGAUUGUGCAGAAACUCGGCGGAGAAGUUAGGGUUGGAGAGAAGCAAGAAUAUGGAAGGAUGGAGAUUGCGGUGGAGAGAAAAUGCGAUUUGUUUGGGGAGAAGGUGGUUGGGGACAGACAGAGUGUUUGGAUGAGCCAUGGUGACGAGGUGGCUAAACUGCCCGAUGGGUUUGUGGUCGUUGCAAGGAGUCAGCAGAGUUCGGUUGCGGCGAUCGAGAAUCAUUCCAGGAGGUUUUACGGACUUCAGUAUCAUCCGGAGGUGACGCAUUCACCAGAAGGGAUGGAAACACUGCAAAAUUUCCUUUUCAACGUAUGCAAAGUAACUGCUGAUUGGAAGAUGCAAGAUGUGUUGGAAGAAGAAGUUAAAGUGAUCAAGGGUAUGGUGGGGCCUGAAGAUCAUGUCAUUUGUGCGUUAUCUGGUGGAGUAGAUUCUGCAGUUGCAGCAACUCUUGUUCACAAGGCAAUUGGAGAUCGGCUUCACUGUGUUUUUGUUGACAAUGGUUUAUUGAGGUAUAAGGAGAGAGAGCGUGUGAUGGAAACCUUUGAAAGAGACCUUCAUUUGCCUGUUACCUGUAUUGAUGCAACCGAGCAAUUUCUUAAUAAGCUGAAAGGUGUCAUAGACCCUGAGGCUAAAAGGAAAAUAAUUGGAAGGGAGUUCAUUUGCAUCUUUGAUGAUUUUGCCCGAGAUUUGGAGCAUAAAUUAGGAAAGAAGCCAGUUUUCUUGGUUCAAGGAACCCUGUAUCCAGAUGUCAUAGAAUCAUGCCCACCACCUGGAAGUGGACGAACUCAUUCCCACACAAUCAAGAGCCAUCAUAAUGUUGGGGGGCUUCCCAAAGACAUGAAAUUGAAACUCAUGGAACCACUUAAGCUUCUAUUUAAGGAUGAGGUACGGGAAUUAGGGAGGAUCUUGAAUGUUCCUGGAGCAUUUCUGAAGCGCCACCCAUUUCCUGGGCCUGGCCUUGCAGUACGAGUCUUAGGUGAUGUUACUGAAGGAAAUGCCUUGGAUAUCCUUCGCCAGGUUGAUGAGAUCUUCAUUCAGUCAAUCAAGGAAGCAGGGCUCUAUGAUUUAAUCUGGCAAGCUUUUGCAGUAUUUUUACCAAUAAGAUCAGUUGGGGUUCAAGGUGAUCAGAGAACACAUUCUCAUGUCGUUGCUCUUAGAGCUGUUACAAGCCAAGAUGGAAUGACAGCAGACUGGUACUAUUUUAAGCACGAGUUCCUUGAUGAUGUUGCCCGGAAGAUUUGCAAUAGUGUCCGAGGUGUAAAUCGCGUUGUGCAAGACAUUACAUCAAAGCCUCCAUCAACUAUUGAGUGGGAGUAGUGUUGUGAGAUUUUUGGCAGAAACUACAAGACUUGAUGGUUUGAGGAGCCUACAUUGGCAGGAAAGCAAAUGGGUCCUGGGGAGAAUUGGCAACCCAAGCAGUUUGUCGUCUGUGAGGUCUGCGCUCGUAGCUUUAUAGCUUUCUCCAAUGUAGCAUGACUUUUUUUUUUUUUUUGCGUCGCUGAUUCUGUAAGCUCCUCUAUGCUCAUCCUCUCUCCCAACCCAAACAAGAGAGGGAGGUGUGGGAUUCUGUGAACAGUUGAAUGUGAUUAUAGAUAUUUCUUAAAUGGCUAAAGCUUUGACUGUUACAGUGGUGCAAGUGUAAUAUAAUAUAUUUCAUUUGUUA